AAAUACUAUAUAUUAGAAGUCACUGGAGGCAAGCUGAAUCCCCUAGUAGGUACGCAAAAUUGCGAGGGAGGGGGAGAGAGACGGAGGGAGCGAGUGAACCUCAACGAUGUUUCAACCCAAUAACCAGAUUUCAUUUCAAACAAGGGCAUUAUCUGUCAAAGAUUCAUCAGCACUGACGCAAGUUGAUCAAAAUGAGACCAGUAUAGUUGUGAGGGAUGAAAUGCAAAAUGGAGGAUUUGCGCAUGCGGAAACUAUCAUAUACUAUUCCAAGAAACUUCAAGAUGAUCUACAUAUGCUAGGGAUGAAAAUCAAAGAGCAUGAGGAGAAUUUAAAAUUUCUCAAAACUCAGAAAAGCAAAUUAGAUGACUCCAUUCUCGAUUUGCAAGUCAAAAGUCAUUCUUCAAGCAUUCCUAAGACUGAAAAUGAGAACAACUCCCAACCUCAGCCUGAGGAGCAAACAACUGAACAGAUUCUACGGCAUGAAAAGUCUGCUGCUGGAAUUCUGUGUCAAUUGAAAACUCGGCAUGGUACUCAGGCUUCCCAUCUUCCAUUGACCAAGGAUGUGCUUGGCGUUGUUGCUACACUUGGAAGAUUAGAUGAUGAUAAUCUUAGCAGGCUUUUUGCAGAGUACUUAGGAGUUGAGACUAUGCUGGCAAUUGUCUGCAAGACUUAUGAAGGUGUCAAAGCUCUAGAAACUUAUGACAAGGAAGGCUGCAUAAAUACAAGUUCUGGUCUUCAUGGGCUUGGUGCUUCCAUUGGGAGAACUUUGGAUGGCCGAUUUCUUGUUAUUUGUCUUGAUAAUUUAAUGCAUGGACCAUAUGCAGGUGAGUUUGUAGCUGAUGACCCUCAAAGAAGGCUGGAUCUAAUAAAGCCAAGAUUACCUAAUGGGGAGUGCCCACCUGGGUUUCUUGGGUUUGCUGUGAAUAUGAUCAAUGUGGAUAGCACAAACUUGUUUUGUCUCACUGCCAGUGGGUAUGGCCUCAGGGAGACACUAUUUUAUAAUCUCUUCUCGCGCCUGCAAGUUUAUAAAACGAGGGCAGAGAUGGUCCUUGCUCUUCCUUGUAUAAGUGACGGAGCCCUUUCUUUAGAUGGAGGGAUGAUUCGGAGUACUGGUGUUUUUUCCCUAGGGAAUCGGGAAGAUGUUGGUGUGAAAUUCCCAAAGCCCUUGGUAACAUCAACUGUACCUGAAAACUACAAUGAGGCUGAUAGACUGGUCAAGGAGAUGAAAUGGAAAAAAGAUAAGAUGCUGGAGGAUAUGAAGAGAGAACAAGCAAUCUUGGACUUAGAAAAGUCCAAUUUUGAAAAAAAGAAGCAAGAGUUUCUCAAGUUCCUUGCUGAAAGCUCAUCAUAUGCAACUCAGCAUCAAAGUCAGGCAGCUCCAGAGAGAUUCACCCCAAGAUGAUGUAUAGGUCGAACAUCUGUCCUAAAAUUAGUACCAAUGUGAGGUAAUGAAGUAGCCAUUAAAGUAUCUCUGUCAGCUUGAGCUCUGACCGAGAUCCAUGCUUUCUGCUUUUUCUGGUUUUGAAAGCAGGAAAAAUGUAGUGGGAAGGGAAAGGCAUCCUUUUUGGAGGCCAGUGAGAGGAUUUGCUUCUUCAAUUUCUGAUGCUGCAAAAGCACAUUUGGAUGAGUGAAACCCCUUGGAACUCAAGAUGCUCAUGGGUACAUUGUAAUGAAUGGUUAAACUGUUGAAGAUCAAACUUCUGUCCCAAAAAAACCAAAGAAAACCACUGACCAUUAGUUGGU